CACGCGGGCGCGCCCGCUCAAGAUCAGCAGACCGAUCGAGGCGCGCGAGCUCAGCAGUCGUGAGUGGGAGGUGAGUGCAUCCGCGCCAGGCGAGAUCGUCGGGCCUUGACGUGCGCCUACCACAACCUCCACGAUAAACAUCAGUCUCUGUCCUAACUUCAGAUCGAGACUGACCUUUGAAGCAUCCACCACUGGGUCCAUCUACUUUCUGCGGGCAUCACACAUUAGUGGCACAAGCUUGGCACUCUGCGUUCGGUCUCACGCGGAUCGUCAAUCUAUGCCUCAGCUGAGCUGGUCAGAGCAAAGCUAGCCCCACGUCACUCUCGCCUACCGAAUCCGUGCCGCAUCAAAUUUGCAGAAGCCAUUUGCGGCGGCAUUAGCUGUCAGUCACACUCCGCUACCAAGCUCGCUACUGGGCCUGGUCCUCACUCUUGGCGUUCAGCCGCAACCCACACCCACCCUCUUCGUCUCCACACGAAACAGCGUACACGAUGUCGAGCUGGUCUUCAUGGCUGGUGGGGAAGAAAAAGGAGAAUCCGCACGCGGCGAGAGAGGCCAUUGUGGGAUUGCGUUCCCAGCUGAUCAUGCUCGAUAAGAAGGAGGAGUUCUUGAACAAGAAGAUCGAGGAUGAGACAAAAAAGGCGAGGAUGCACGUCACGACCAACAAGCGAGCGGCACAGGCGGCACUGCGUCAGAAAAAGGCAUACGAGAACGAGCUCGAUCAAAUUGCGGGGACGCGGAUGACUCUGGAGACCCAAGUGAAUGCCAUCGAGAGCGCAAACAUGAAUCUGGAAACGAUGACGGCUAUGCGCAAAGGAGCGGAUGCUUUGCGGUCCAUCCACGGCAGCCUCAACAUCGACAAGGUCGACUCCACAAUGGACUCUAUUCGCGAGCAGAUGGACCUCGGCAAAGAAAUUUCGGAUGCCAUUUCCAACCCUGUCGGCAUGGGCAAUGAUAUUGACGAGGACGAGCUCAAGAAUGAAUUGGAAGAGUUGGAGCAGCAAGAAUUGAACGAGAGGCUGGUGGGCGCGGACAGAGCGCCGGUGCACAAUCCAUCGCCGAUCGCAGCGGGUCCUAGCAGGACACAAGCCGAGCCUAAUCGAAGACAAGCCGUGGAGGAUGACGAUGAUGCAGAGUUGAGAGCUUUGCAAGCUGAGCUGGCCAUGUAGACGGGUCGAGCUCUAAUUCCCUUCAAUAUGGCCACGGAAGUCUGUGCUGGGACGCGACUCUGCAAGCGCAACUGGGCAUGCUCUAGUGCUCCUCGUGCUGCCACGCUGCCGCACUUCUCCAGCAUCUAGAGACGAUGAACCAGUUGACCCGCCACUUCAGCCGCGCAGCGUUCAUGUACACCAGUCCACCACUAACAGGGCACAAGGAGAGGAAGCUUGAGUGGAACAUGCUUCAAAUUUGUUCUCUUUGCUUCUUUGGCUUUCUUCUCUUUCACUUCGUAUCUCUUUCCACCAUCAGCCCCCUUUCACAGAAUCAAUCGGCCACGAGUACAGAGUCAGAGUCACACGCGCGUCCCCAAUCCAUGAGCCUUCCUCACGAGCUGUGAUGAGGCAGAGCGACUUGAGUGAUGCUGUCGACACAAUGAGAACGCGGAAAGAGUUCACGAUCGUAAAUCAAAUGCGCAGUAG